GGGGGGUCCCGGUGUGGGUCCUCAGCCCCCCCUGUGCCGGCUGUGACCCCGCAGGCGGUGGAGUGCCGCGCCGUGCCGCUGCCGGGGGGCGAGGAGGUGGAGUACAUGCUGGCCCUGAAGCAGGAGCUGCGCGGGGCCAUGAAGGGGCUCCCCUAUUUCGUCCGACCCGGCGCCCCACACAGAGACAUCGAGCGCUACUCGGAUAAAUACCAGCUGUGCAGCCCCAUAGAUGGGGCCAUCGAGUGGAACCCAGGUGUGGGGCUGGGGGCUGCUGUGGGGCAGGGUUGGUUAUGGGGUGCCCCAUAG